GAAAGUUCUCUAACUUCCUCAUCCCUAAAUCCUCGUUCUUUGGUUUUCAAAUUGGCUCCAUGGAUUACAACGACUGCUUUUCAAUUCGGGCUAUAUAUUUUCUAAUCUUUGAUAUCAAAUCUAAUAGAAGCAAGAUCAUUGGUGAUUGGUGGGUUUUUUUGAGGAAAAAAUAUUCAUAAUGUCAUCUAGAUAUAAAAGUGGUAGAUCAACAAUGAAGAGGGGUGACAGCAUUGAUAAGGCAAAAAUAAUUAAAAUUGAAGAUUUCAAAAAUGAAUCCUCUGAAGAAACAGAGUCGGAUAUGUCAAUGAAGAUAUUAAACGGUCGUAGUAAUGCAAGGAUGCACAACAAUAAUAAUAUCCAAAAAGGGAAGUAUCAGUCAAGGUUAAAGAUCCGUAAACGUUCAAAAGUUGUAAAAAUUAGGAAAGGGUCUGUUGUAAAGGACGGGAAGAAGACUAUUGUUGGAGGUAAGGCAACUAAAAAGAAUGUGGUAAGGGUGACAAAAUGGCAUGGGAUAAGAACACGUUCAUCUCCUCACCAGUUGGCUAGGUUUAUACGAAUAAUUAAAGAGAGGCAAAGAUUGGCUCUAGCCAAUAUGGGGUUUGAGAAGUUUUAUCUGUCAAAGUAGAUGGUAUCCCAGCAAAACUCGCGCAUUUUGUAGUUGAUAUGUUAGACACAGAAAAGUUGGAAAUCAGGUUUGGUAAUGUGGCACUCAAGGUGAAUAGCGAAUCAAUUCAUCAAUUGUGUGGCUUGCCAAAUUGUGGAUUAGACUUGCUAUCAUUAAAGCCUGGAAAGAAAUUGUCUCGUUUUGGGAAAAUUUGGAAAAAAAGAUACACAAAAGAAAAUAUUGGGCCUAAGGACAUUGUUGACAAAAUAAACGGUCCUGAUUACGAUGAUGAUGAUGGUGUUAUGUUUAAAGCCGAUUUCAUAGUCUUGUUCUGCAACACAAUGAUAGAAUGUUUUAAUAAUGGAAAGUGUACAUUGGAUAUAUUGCGCUAUAUCGAUGAAAACACUGACUUUGGAGGCAUUGACUAGUGCAAGUUCGUAGUUUCACGUAUUAGAAGGUGUAAGAACAAGUGGAAAAGAGCGGAUAAAUCAUCUUUUUUUGCUGGUGCACUAACAAUCUUAUUGCUAAUAUACGUAGAUGGAACUACAUGCAAAGGAAAGGAAGAGGCACGUUCAAUUCAUCCAUUUGAGUUUUGGACAUUUAAGACAAGAGGCUGAGUUAAGAUGUGGUGGGUUUGGAUUAGGGGAAAUUUGGGAACUGUUUUCAGAUAAGCGAAUAGUCAUGAGUGAUACUAUUGAGGAUUAUAAGGUAAAUUUAGAUGCAUCAAGCGAAGAGAUGUAUUUUGAUGCAGAUGAAAGUGAAGCUGGAUCCUUGGAGGGGUGCAAGCAAGCUCGAACAAGCCGAGAAUUAACGAACCCGAGCUCGAGACUGAGAUAGAGCUCGUUUAGUUAUCGAGUUCGAGCUCGAGCCUGGAAUACGAAGCUUGUUUAGGGUCGCGAGCCUAAACGAGCACAAACAAAAUUUUACACCCCUAUUACGUAUGUGUAAUCAACCGAUUUACGUAUGUGUAAAUUUUGUUUAUUUGUUAAAUGUAUAAUAACAGGUGGAAAAGAGUCGAUAAAUCAUCUUUUUUUAUAUGUAAUAAUAUUUACCCCUUAAUAAAUAAGCCGAGCUUGAUAUC